AGGACACAGUUCAAAGUCCAGCAACGCUGCCGAACAUAAUUAAUAGGAUCAGUGAUGAUUGGCUUGGAAUUUUCUUCCCUUAAUCAAGCAACAGCGGUUGUUAUACGUUUGUUGCAACGUAGAACAAGAUUACUAACUUUCGAAAACUAAACACUUGAGGGGACAAGGGAUGUCUUUUCACGCAGAAAUAAAACCAAUAGAAACCUCGCCGCCGAAAACUGACUUCCAUCAAUCAGGACCACAGCACAAUAUCCAAACCGGCGUUUCUAAUGAAAGCAAAAAAGGAAUUUCUUCUGGACAAAGGAUGCUUGGCCAGCAUGAUAUAAACCUUUGCAUAAAAGAAGAUUCCACACCAUAUGCAGCAACAGUUGUUCAUCCUGGAUUACAACCAGAAUUUCGGGAUUCUUAUGGUAAUCCAUCACUGUGGGGCUUGUUCCGGCUAGCAUCAACAUGUCGAAUGUAUGCUAUGCACACCCCAGUGGACAGCAGCGGACGUUGUUUCCUGGAGUAUGACAAACUGACUGAUGAACAUUUCACCUUCUUUGCUUCCUCCCAAGCCUCAAUAGCUCGCUGCCUUUAUGAACCUGACUUCCCAAAUCAUCCACUGGAGGUACAUGUGACUGGAGGACAUAUUGGUCGCACCUCUGUCAGUACUGUCGCCACCAUCACCUCACCCCGUGACCAGGAGCAGCGAAAUAUUUUUCUCAAACCAACCAGGUGGUACUCAUAGACAAAGCCUCGCGCCGACCUGUGGCAGUGAGUGAGUACUGGCGGGAGCAUUAUGGUCCACACUGUAUUCGCGGGGUGCCGCUCAUCAUUCAGCAGAAGGAGCCCCCAGUGGGAGGAGUAUCUGCAGUGUA